AUGGAAAAUCAGGGCGAGACUCCGGGAUAUUCCAUUGACACAGCAGUGACUGAGCCAAUUCCACACGCCCAUCCUGAUGGAGGCCUACAAGCGUGGCUAGUCUGUGCAGGCGGUCUGGUGGGCACGUGCGCCACGUUUGGUCUUGUCAACGCUUGGGGUGUAUUCCAAGCAUUCUAUACAGAAGAUAUCCUCUUGGGUACUUCGCCAUCUACAAUCGCAUGGAUUGGUUCCGUACAGUAUGCCCUAGUGUUCCUGCCUGGCCUGAUUAUGGGCCGCGUAUUCGACUUGGGGUACACGAAGAUGCCUCUCAUCAUUGCUAGCGCUCUCCUUGUGGCAGCGACAUUUCUCACCGCACAGUGUAAGGAGUACUGGCAAUUUCUGUUGUGCCAAGGAAUUGCGACAGGGCUUGCUUGCGGGUGCAUCUUUGGAAUCGUCAUAGGGACACCUAGUCACUGGUUCAAGCGUAGGUUGGGACUUGCUUUAAGCAUGACCGCCGUAGGCUCCAGUGUCGGAGGAACCGUCUAUCCUAUCAUGGUGAAGAACCUUAUGUCGGAGGUUGGUUUCCAAUGGACGAUGCGCAUCCUCGGCUUCUUGGAGCUGGUGUUGUGCAUCUUCACCAGACAGACUAUUGAACGGCGGCUUCCACCAAGGGUCUCCGCGGGUCCCCUCGUCAAUCUCGCUGUACUCAAGUCGCUGUCGUUCACUCUGUAUUGCGUUUCAAGUUUUACCUUAUUCCUGGGGCUCUAUACAGUGUUGACUUACAUAGACGUGAGUGCGGUAGGGGCUGGCGUCCCUGACAGCCUUGCAUUCUACCUCGUGGCUAUUGCGAAUGCAUGUUCCGCCGUUGGUCGAAUCACAGGCGGUAUUCUGUCGGAUCGUGCAGGUCCGCUCAAUAUCAUGAUACCAUUUUUGGUUCUUGCAGGCAUCAUGACAUAUAUCUGGCCAUUCGUGACGACCACCGGAGGUUACAUUGCUAUCGCUGUUGUCUACGGGUUUGCUUCGUCUGGGGUAUUCGUUGGCAUCAUGACAUCUCCGGCUGUCCGAAUGGGAGACAUGCAUGAUGUCGGGUCCAGAGUAGGUAUCUCUAUGACCAUCACUGCACUAGGCGCAGUGGCUGGGCCUCCCAUUUCUGGGGCUCUCAAUGCCGCUGGAGGAACGUUCAAGUACACCGGUAUUUUUGCAGGUGCGUCGCAGCGUGGAAAUCCUAAACUUCAUUUUGUUGACGUUAUCCGUUAG